CUAAGCGCAACAAAGACUUACUUUAAACUCAGGAUCAUCAACACCCUUUGUAAGUUUGUAGCACUUCAAGUUUCUUUGUUUUAAUUUCUGCCCCAACCUGAUAAUUUUGCAAUUCUUUCAUUCAAUUUAUCCUUCUCACAAAUUUGAUCAACACCCCCUGAUAUUUUUGCCGCGAUCUUGCUGUUCCCACGGUUUCUAUACUCAGAACCAGAUAGAUAUGUUUUCAUUGUUGUACGGACUUUGGGAGUAUGCUUUCAGCAAGACAGAGUUUCAUGUCCUUAUCCUGGGGAUUGACAAAGCUGGAAAAACGACAUUAUUAGAAAACUUGAAGUCACAAUUCUUGAACAUAGAAGCCCUUCCACCUGAUCGCAUUGUUCCAACUGUUGGACUGAAUAUUGGGCAUGUUGAAGUUUCAAAUUCAAAACUUGUAUUUUGGGAUCUCGGAGGGCAGCCUGGUCUUCGCUCAAUCUGGGAGAAGUAUUACGAGGAGGCACAUGCUGUUCUAUUUGUGGUUGAUGCUGCUUGCCCGUCACGUUUUGAAGAUGCUAAAUCUGCACUUGAAAAGGUUCUCCGGCAUGAGGAGCUUCAAGGAGCCCCACUUUUGAUUUUGGCAAACAAGCAGGAUCUGGCUAAAGCUGUUUCAGUGGAAGAACUCGACCGGUAUCUCGAUCUCAAGAAAUUAGAUGAGAGAGUCUACACUUAUCAAGCCGUUUCAGCAUAUGAAGGGACUGGAAUCAAGGAGAGCGUGAACUGGCUUGUGAAUGCUAUGGAGAGAAGUAAGCGAACAGAAAGGCUGAAGCAGCGUGCUGAGUCCACCAGUUUUUGAUAUAUGCUCAAGGCCAUAAUAAUAAUAGUUAGUAUUAGCAUUUCAUACUAUGUAAUCUGUAUGAUCCUUCUGUAAGUAAUCCAUUGCUUACUUUAUUGGUAGCUUGUAAAAUUUAAACCAAUACACACUUGAAUGACAGUAAAACAAUGUUUUUUGGUCACUACAAGGUGAGAGUGUGAGAUUUCAGUUUGCUGUUAUCUACAAUC